AUGACAGCACUUCGACCCAUUUUGGAGCAGCUUGGCCUGUCACAGUACCAUACUGCAUUGGUUGCUGAAGGGUUCGAGAUAUGGGAAACUGUAUUGGACAUCCAAGAAAGUGAUUUCUUACAAGAAGUCCAGAUAUUGCAACGAGCAAUCGCCGACUAUAGAGGUGUUGCCGUUGACCGCCCCUUGCCAUUGCCUUCCAACGCUGCACCGGGACCGGAGAGUGCAAAGGCAGAUUCAGCCACGCAGCAAGCUAGACACAACAAGGAUACGUUAUCGUCUGUAGGGGAACAGAAGAGGAAGUACCGUCGUCAUCCAAAACCCGAUGAACAUGCUCCCGAAAAGCCACCGUCCGCGUAUGUUCUUUUCUCCAACAAAGUUCGUGAAGAAGUCAAGGGAGACAAUAUGUCAUUCACAGACAUUGCGCGACUAGUUGGCGAGAGGUGGCAGAAGCUUGACCCAUCGCAAAAGGACAUCUUCGAAAGUCAUGCUGCAGCGUUGAAGGAUACGUACAAUGCUCAGCUUGCUGACUAUAAAACAACGGAUGCUUACCAACAAUAUAUGGAUUAUCUUGCCGACUUCAAGGCUAAGCACAGCGGUGUUACUACGAGCGAAUGGAAGAAACCGAGACUCGAGCCGAGUGGUAGCUCGAGCCUCUCAGCAGCGUCUCAGGCUGAUUCUAUGGAGGGAGCCUCAGAUCUUUCUGCACACAAGCGAGGCCCGUCUUUCGUCUCCAUGAGCGUAACCUCUCAAAGUGGGUCGCUCAGUGAAUCUAGUGCGUCAACUCUGCAUAUCGUGACAUCGAUCCCGAGCCUGCCAGGUUCCGCGGGUCAACAUACACCACCUCCUGUUCAAGAGAGGCAGCUGCCGGGAAGACUUUCGGGACAGAGCUCGAUGUCGGAGGAAAGCAGCUGGAGAAGCCUCGAGUUGAACGAUGUCGUAGCUCGAGGUUCACAGCUUCCACUUGGUACGUCAUCGUCAUCGGCGUUUGCUUCUCGAUCUGCUCGUCAAGAGUACUAUAGUCCUGAAUCUCAGGCGUUACUUAGGCGACAAAACUUGUCAAACCCUCACAACUUCUCGUCAGUAGCCAUACCAGCCGUGAGCUCCGGAAGUGGUCCACCCUCUUCGACAUCAGGUCCUGGGUUAGCCGCACUUGAGCCCUGGAUGGACCGGAACAUUGAUGUCGUGCGGCAGAACCAAGUCGAUACGUCCUUACAGACGUCUCAGCACUCUGCUUCUAUGCCCCUUUCGCAACUUGUAGAUCUAUCAUUCGGAAACCCUAGCGACAUCGUUACGCAACGGACCUUGCCUCCACUUCGACAGCGGAGCGAUACGCCUACUAACCCGCCUGGAAUAUUUGGGACGUCGCAGCGGCUGAGUUCGUCACAUUACCUCAAUCCUCAUUCCGACAAGAUAUCCGUCAGACGAAGCCGCUCGCAGAAUCAGACGCCGACAACAUCCGAAAGUGAAGCCGCAGAUACUUUGGCUGGAUUGGCCGAGCGAGAACAGGUAUUCGAUCCAGCAAGAACACCAAAGGGUAACUCAUACGGACGUCGAUAG